GCCGGUAAGUGGCGAUAAGUGGUGGCAAAUAACGACAAGUGGCGACAUCCGGCGACAUUAGCAACAUUUGGCAACAUUCGGUGAUAUUCAACGACAAGUGGCAAAAUUCGGCGACAGUUGGCGACAAAGCGAUAGGUGACAAUUGAUACGUGAUAUUAUCUUUCACUACGUAACCUCGAAUUCUAGAAAACAACAAUAUCAUAGAAUAUAUGUAAUUAUAUUUUAUAUUAUUAUUACAUAAUUAUCGUACUAUUGCAAAAUUAUUUAGCCAACCUGAUAUAAGUAGAUACUUAAAACGUAAUAUCUUUGAGAAAAUCAAAAGGAAAAUGAGUGAUGGAAUUGUUAAGAAGGUUCCUUUAGUUUCUUUGACAAAAGAGCAGGCACGAUCGUAAACAAAGAAGUCGAAUGAAUAGUGUGACGUAACGUCGUUACUUGCAAUAAGACAGAGAAGUAAAGAGAAAGAGAGAAAGAGAGAAAGAAAGAAAGAGAGAAGAAACAGAGGGGCAGAAGCUCGAGCGUUUACCGGCGAUGCAAAGUAAUACAAGAGCUUGCUUCGAGCACACCCGUUAACUCGAUGGAGAGUGUCACCGGCAGCACUCCGGAUUGAACUUUUCCAAGUGCUUCACAGUCCGGCUAAAGAAGUCGUCGACGAGGUUUUAACUGUAGAGCCGAGUCACUACUGAGAAAGAGACAGACAGGAAGAGAGAUAAAUAGAAGAGAAAGAGAAAAGCUUCGAGGAGACCACGAGGUUGUUUCCUUGUUUGCUGCAAACUUGCGGAUUGGUUGCACCAGAUGAAAAUGGACAAAUACGGAAAGAGAGAGAAAAAGAGAAAGAGAGAUAGAGAAAAGAAAGAAAGAAGAAAGGAUUUGGCGAUCAAAAGCUUGUUUGCUUGUUUGCUUGCUUGCUGCUAACUUUGCAAGAUGGUGCUAGCUGGACGAGCUAAAAAUGCAUAUUUCUUCGUUAUUAAGAAUGUCAAACUCAUAUUCUCCCUGGCAGUCACAUUUGCAAAGGAUAACGAUGGUUCUUCUUUGGAGAAAACUAAUGGAAGGAGUGUUGGAAUGCGAGACAAAGAUCAAGAGAGAGAUAGAGAAAGAGAGAAGUAAAGAGAGAUAGACAAAGGUGAACGUGUGCCCUCUCGCGAGGUGAGCCUGGAUGUUGGGAUAGAGGUCGAGAGGGUCGAGCGGUACCGCUAGCAUGAAAGUGGACGGUGGAGUGGCUAGUACGACGGUCCUUCAGAAAGUCAAGGUUAAGGAAGAGGCAAAGGAAUGUUGCGGCUUUCAGCAGGUCUCAGUAACAUCAGGGGGAUCGAGUGGGACGAGCGUGGUUGUCGUCGUUUCAACGGUGACAGCGACGUCGACGACCGUCAUUGCAACGACAUCCAGCAAUUGCAACAGCAAUGGUCUGACCACCGUGGGAAUAGCAGCCACCAUUGCAAGUACCCCUACAACCACCACUGUACCUACCACGUCCUCGACCUCGAAUGCUCUUCAAAGCUCUGCCAUUAUCUGCCAUCCGUCUACCCCAAUAGCCGCUGUGGCCAGUAGUACGGCUCAGACACCUGAACCUUUGCCGGUAGACCUCGACCUCAAGAGUAAAAAUAAGGCGAGUCCUACCAGCAGAGAUAAAACAACGAGGGAAGAGAAUAAUCAUCCUGAGGCACUCUCACCGUCUUCUCAACAUCAUCAAAGACAUGGCUUGCCAACUACCAACACACCACAGACUCAAACCAAUGGUUCUCGAUCGGAGUACAAAGGUCAGUUGGGUUGCUCCAGGUCAUCGGACAACGAUAGUCCCAUGUCUUCGCAUCCUCUCAAAUCUGAUCUCGAGGAAUCCACUGGAGGAACGUCAACCGGAACAUCAGCUGGUUCGACCUCUACCGUUACUGCCUCUACCACAGGUGGACCUUCGGCCACUUGCAGAAAUGAGGAACAGGUAGAGGCCAGUCCACUUCUGUCAAAUGGCGUCAGGUGUAUCACUGGGGUCUUUGCUGGUCAUGGAAAACUCAAAAGGCUACUUGGUACGCUCGUACAAUUUGCAACUGAUAUAUCAGCCGACACUGGAGACACUGUACGGACCUUGGUACUUGCUCUCUUGAGUGGUACUAUGACUGCCGAAGAAUUUCACUCUGCUUUGCAAGAAGCUACGAACUUUCCAUUGAGGGGAUUCGUUUUGCCAUACUUGAAACAUACUUUACCAUCCUUACAAAGGGAUUUGAACACUGCUGCUAGAGCUAGUAAUCAGACAUGUGCACAAUUUCUGCGAAACAACGAAACAGCCAUUUUGGAGGCAGUCGGCUUGGUACCAUCGGGCGAAUCCGUGGAAAUUUUUGGAGAACAUGGUAGUAGCGGUCUUGGAAGUGGAAACGCUGGUAACCAGUGUCCCGCGUAUUAUUCGAUGCGCUCUACCUCUAAUCCGAAUGUCGGCGCCAUUCAACACGCAAACAAUACCACGAACGCUUUGCACCAUUACUCUGGCUCCUCUCAUGCACCGAAACGUCGUGCUUCAGACACUCCGUACUAUGAAAACGGUACCCUACUCGAGGAUGUACCAGUUUACGGUAAAAGAUCUAAUCCAUGGGGUGCCCAUCAUCAACAACAACAACAACAACAACAACAACAACAACAACAACAACAACAACAACAACAUCAGCAACAACAGCAACAACAGCAACAACAGCAACAAUCACAACAAACGGAAAAUUCAUCAUCCUAUUGUUGGUAUCACCCUCUUCACGCAGCGGGUGGAUCCAUUCAAGGCCAUGGACACGGACAUGGUCACGGGCCUAGUCCGGUACCACCGAGCCUAGUCCAAAUUAACCAGAUAAAUGCUUUCUCGGCUCCCCAUCAUUUGUCCCAACAGCAACAACAGCUGAGUCACGUUCAAAACGGUUCUAGCCUCGACGACGAAUGGAAGAACAUUCAUGUGAUGUUGAACUGUAUUCUUGGCAUGGUAGAAAAGACGAAGAGAGCUUUAGCUAUUCUUCAAAGACGUGGCUGUUCCAGUCCUGCUGCGACACCUAUACCACCGCCAAACGUAGUCGCACAGAAUGGUAAUGCUAACAAUACUACUGGCAAUAAUCCUUCGACCAAUGGUGCUCAAGUAGAAUCUUCAACGGGUGAUAGAGAUGGUAGCUUAAAACGUUUGUCUGGAGAAAUUGUUGCUCAGACAAUCAGGGCUACCGAGGAUAGGGUUGCCGAGGUGAAAAGAAGAGCAGAGGAAGCCGUGUUAGAAGUAAAAAGAGCAGCUGUUGCUGAAGUUCAAAGAGCAGUUGCAGUAGCGGUUGCCGAAUCGAGAGCGAGCGAACGUCUGAGAGUACACAGACUUUUGGAUUUACCAUUAUCUCAAAGAAGUCACGUUGGUGUUCGUCAAGCUUCAUUCGUUAGGGUUCACGGAAGUCCUAACGUAGUCGAGACCAGUGGUAGAACUGCUCCAACACCUACAACUACUUCUAAUUCGGCACCGUCCACUACCGAAGAUGACAAGGAUGCACAUUUGACUAAUAUAGUAGGAUCAAGCUGUUGGAAUUGUGGCAGACCAGCGUUGGAAACUUGCGGCGGAUGUGGAAUCGCAAGAUAUUGCGGUUCCUUUUGUCAACAUCGCGAUUGGGAGGCUGGUGGACAUCAUGCAACGUGCAAUAAUCCUUUACCACGAGAACCUCGAAGAUCAUCUUCGCGUAGUCCACCUAGAAUUGGUACAGCUAACGUCACUGGAAGUAUCAACGACGCAGAAGGUUCAACCGUGUCGGCCACAGCAAAUACCAUCUCCAAAGGGAAGUGA